CAUAAAAUGCACCUACGAAAAUGAUCAAGAUGAGAAGAAAAGAGCAACACUGACAGUUGGGAGUUGGCAGUGGCAGCUCAGGAGGGUACACCUCUUAACAUCUAUGGACCUCAUAACUAAAGGUCGCUUUACUCCUCAACAGCUUACCAACCAAAACAACCAGAAGGGGAUGGCAAGCCCGCACCACAUCGCGAUGGAGCUCGUCGGUCCCAAGGCCGGCGGAUCCUCCUCCGCCGUCGCCGUCCACCACAUGUUCGUCGUCGUCGUCGACGGCGUUGAGUCGGACAUCCACGAGGGCACGCUACACGGCAGUCCCGGCAAGGUCACCGUCACCAGCCCCGGGAACCUCUCCGCCGACGGCCUCCGUAGCGUCGUCGUGCGCGGCGGGGGAGGGGGCGCCGUCGUGUUCACCCUGUGCGGCGACGCGGCAGCCGAGGGCGUGGAGUCCGCGUCCUUCGUCCAGUGCGGCGCGACGCGCGUCGACGGCGCGCGGGAGGUGUCGGUCUCGCGGUGCCGGUCCCUGGAAGCGGAGCAGGCCGGCAAGGUGACGGUCGAGAGGUGCCGGGAGGCGCGGCUCCGAGGCGGCGGGCUCCUCCGCGCGACCCGCUGCAGGCGGGCGGACGUUGAGAGCUUCGGCGAGGUCCGCCUGGCGCGCUGCAAGGGGGUGCGCGCCGACUGGUGCGGCAGCCUGGAGGUGCAGAUGUGCAGGGCGGUCGACGCCAGCCGGUGCGGUGCCGUGAGCGGCGACCGCUGCCGCCGCGUCAACGUCGCCGGGUGCGGCAGCGUCGCCGUGACCCACGCCGUGGUCAAGACGGUGGAGGAAGAGCAGCUGCAGUCGCAGCAAACCGUGUCUCCGCAGUCCAGUGAGUAAGCACCAGAUCAGCAGCGGCAGUGAAUUCGAAAUUGCUUGUAAUUCCUUGUUGUCUGUACGAAAUUGCGGAAGUUUCUGGAACUAAGAGAUCGCUACUCGACGGAUCGCGUUUAAAUGUAUGAUGAAUACGCCAUGUUUCAUUGCUUCUA